ACAACAGUAGGUUUGAGGAGCGCACAUUCGCUUUUGUUCAGUCCUGGCAGGCACAGAUGAAGACUGGAGACGGGAACACGAAGUGGGCAUAGCUAGAUGAAUUUGUUGUCUUUCUAGUCAAGCUGACUGUGUGUGGAAAAUUUGGAGCAGACGCGCAUAAUGGAAACUUCAGAACCCAUUUAGGAAGAGUGGGGCGUAUUAUAAUAACAGCAGGAUUUUGAAGAAACUGUGAGUGUGGUGAUAACUACAAGAGCAAUUUGGUCUUCAUCAGCAAGAUGCAUGUUUGCGUGAAAAACAGCUUGGAAAAUGUGCUGGACACUAAACAGAAAUGUUACUGAGCUCAGACAGAACAAAUGCGCCCUCUAAGCUGUCAGCUUCUUUCUGGUUGCUCACCGUAGUGUCCAGUCAGCCACUUUUUCAAAUACAACUUUGGUGUCUCCCCAUAUCGUGAAGAAAGAAUGCCUAUCAUCAGCAAUGCCAACCACGACUUCAGCACCUACUCAAUUAGCAGUGAUGACAGCAGUCUUGACCGAUUCUUUACCGAGAUCCCGGAGACAGAGACCAUCAAGGGGGUGUACUUCCAGCGGGCCCAGCAUUUACGUGACCCGAAGGCCUCACACGUGGUAGACCACACUCUUCAAGUUCUCAUCAAUGUUGGGGGUAAUCGCUACACCUUCCCCUGGAGCACAUUGGAACAAUUUCCUCAGAGUCGCCUAGGUCGCCUGCGCUUCUGCACCACUCCUGAGGAGAUCGCACGCCUUUGCGAUGACUAUGACGAGACGUGCAAGGAAUAUUUCUUUGACCGCAACCCUACAGCUUUUCGGGUCAUCCUAAACUUCCUGGCAGCUGGCAAAUUGCGUUUGCUCAGGGAAUUGUGCGCUGUAUCUCUGCAUGACGAGCUGGACUACUGGGGCGUGGACCCAGGUCAUAUGGAGCGGUGCUGCCGUCGUCGCAUGAUCACCCGUGUGGAAGAGGUGGCCGAGCGAGAGCGCAAAGAAGAGGAAUGGAGACAGAAGAGGAUGAUGUUGAAGAAAAACACAGUAGAAGUGGAGAAAGACCACUGCAAGAUGAUCUGGAUGCUGCGGGAAGUGAUGGAAAACCCGCACUCGGGCUUGGCGGGAAAGAUAUUUGCUUGCGUCUCUGUCAUCAUGGUGCUGGUCACAGUAGUCAGCCUGUGUAUCAGCACCAUGCCAGACCUCAGAGAUGAAGAAACUAGGGGUGAGUGUUCCCAGAAGUGUCACAGCAUGUUUGUGGUGGAGUCCAUUUGUGUGGCCUGGUUCACUUUUGAAUUUGUCCUGCGAUUCAUAAACGCCCAAAGCAAGCUGGCUUUCGCUCGCGGCCCCCUCAACAUCAUUGACGCCAUCGCCAUCCUGCCUUACUACGUGUCACUGGUUGUGGACGUCAGGGACGAGUCCCAGGAGGAAGUAUUAGCGGGUGCCGGCAGAGGCUAUCUGGACAAAUUGAGUCUCAUUCUCCGCCUGUUGCGUGCACUGCGCAUCCUGUACGUUAUGCGGCUUGCUCGCCACUCCCUAGGCUUGCAAACACUGGGCCUGACCAUGCAACGCAGCAUGAGGGAGUUCGGCUUACUGCUGCUGUUCGUCUGCGUGGCCGUCACCCUCUUCUCACCGUUGGUCCACCUCGCGGAGAGCGAACUGGCGCCGUACGCCGCUACGCAUCCGCAGCACAGCUUCAGCAGUAUCCCGGCGACUUAUUGGUGGGCAAUCAUUUCUAUGACAACUGUCGGUUACGGAGACAUGGUCCCUCGCAGCAUCCCUGGACAGAUGGUGGCAUUGACUAGCAUCCUGAGUGGAAUCCUCAUCAUGGCGUUCCCCGCUACGUCCAUCUUCCAUACCUUUUCCCGCUCCUAUCAGGAGCUGAAGCAGGAGUAUGAGAGGCUUUGGAAGGAGGAGAGAGGUGAGGAAAUAGCAGCAGAGUCGGAGGAGAGGUGCUCCAAAGUCCAAUUGACGUCAAAUGAGCCCACAUCUUCAACUCGAGUGGGCAAUUUUGAGCUCAUGACAGACAAAGAUGACCAUUCUACUCUUCCAAAUACCGCUUUUUAACAAUCACAUUCUUGGAAAAGCAUGAGUUCACUGGUGUUAAGACAAAUUUUUGUGCUUUCUAUCACUUCAAUUAUGAUCCAAUCAGAAUUAAAAGAUUAGUUCGACAGGAGAAGAAUAAGAAAUCAAGAAACCUGUAGAGAAAUGAUUGAACUAUUUUGAAAAAAUUGCUGCUUUGUCAGCUCAUGUGCUGUAUGUCAACUUGCAAUUUGCUUUCGGGACAUUUAAAUAAUGCUCAUAGCUGUAGUCACAUCUGUUUGAUGCUUGGCAAAUGUAUAUGUAAGAUUAUGUACACAAUAUCAAGAAAAGUCUUGGUGUACAUCUAUUUAGGACUCAACUAGGAUGGUCAUUCAAUCCUUUAUUAAAUUUUAAAAAGACAUUUUGCAUGCGACUUUGUAAGAAGCUGAGAAUUCUCAAAACAUUUGGAAAGAACAAUUACCACAUCAAUAAAAUAAUUGUUUUGUAUUAUUAUAUGUAUGACUUGAAUAAAAGUCAUUUGCAGUCAGUGUCUGAAGUGUGGAGCCCUUUGACAUUGUAUUUUUUCAUUACUUACAUGAUAAUACCGCCAGCCAGGCGCGGUGUGGCUAAUUGGGAGGACCGGGACAUCCCCGGUGGGCCGGCCUGACGCUUGGGCCGAUCGUGAUUUACCUUUUUAAAUGGCGCUGUCAGUUAAACUCGUUAAUAAUGGCAUUAGCCCAACCCCCCCCGCCCUCCCCCGUUGUACGAUAAAUCAAGGCCCUUCUUGCAUCCCGUAGUUUGGAAUUCAACAUCCCACAACGCGCUCCUAAUGCACCCAGCUCUGGGAGAGAGUAUCAUUCUGUUGACUUUAUCCUGGUAAAACUUAAUUUUGAGUUUUAAUGGCUGAAAUGAGGCACGUUGAGGCAGCGUGACAAGCGUGAACCCGUCUGGUUGUUGGCAUAACCAAUUAUGGUUGUUUUCGAGUAUGUUUAGAUGCAAGUACAGUGAUGAACCUACCGGCGGGCACGCUGAGACUCGCGGUGAAAUCCCCUUGGCCAGCGAAACUUAACUUUGUCUUUUUUCGACCGAAAUGUGGCACUCUUGACAUUUAUUACUGCAAUGCACAGAUACAGUAAACUGUGACUAAUUGUGUAGAAUUAAAGAAUUUGAAAUUUUUAGAGCACAACUAAAACCUUCAGCAUGGCUCCCGGCACUUUUUGCUUCUGUUGCGGCCCCCCGAAGCUCACUAUUUUUGGCCACAAAGACGGCGGAUUGGGGUGACAUCCAGGUUAUCAGGCAAAACAUAACUGUGGCAUUUUAACCCAAAACAUGUCACUCUGAGGUGGCCUGAUGGGCGCGAACUACCCUGAAAUGCACAGCUGUUCGAACUGUAAAAGUGCUUAAGAGACAGCCGUUUUGGUGAGUUCAAUCAUUUUAUCUUUCACAUUGAUUUUUUUUUUGUGUCUUAAAUAAUAUGAAACCUGUUGAGUUAAUUAUCGAGGGUUGAUUGAAUAUUUGCUUGAUUGAUUGAAUAUUUGCUUGUGCUCAAAUAUACCUAAUACAUACAUAAUACAUAUUGCCAUAUUUUUUCUUAUUUGAUAUAACCAGUAAAUGAUUAUUGCUUGCUAUACUAGGUAUAAUGUUUAAGUGUUACAAAGUGUUAAAAAGGGUCGGGGUGACAACUGCCUUGCUUCAUGGCCGCAACAUUGCAUAAGUAGACCUUCUAGGACAUCUUCAGCAUCUUACGUCUGGACUUUCGAGGACAAUCUUCCAUGGCCGCAGCGUUGCAUAACUGAAGUGUCUGGGUCAUUCUGACCACUUUACCUAAGUGCCCUUGCUUACACACGUGUAUUUAGUUAGUUCCACCUACAUGCUCACACAUAGCCAACCAAAAUCACAUAGGUGUCUCCAGCUUGCUUUCCCCCCUCCCUUAAGGGUGGCACCCUUCUGUGGUAGGACAAACCCCUAAUAAAAGAAAGAGCAAGGAGGGUUUUUUUUUAGAUCAGUUUUGGUGACAAUACAGCGUAAUCUAGCAUUUCUCUGUCUAGUCCCUCCUUGCUCUCCUUGGCCAAGAAAACUGAGUGUCUUCUCUCCUUAUUUUUGAGUAAUUUUACAAAUGUCUACCUAAGGGUCUAUUUUUGAACUUGACAAAACCACUGAUGACCAAUGAUAUAUUAUAUUAAAGUAUAAGGCGGAAAACACUCAGGUGACAUGAAGUUCUGCUCUGCGACCCCCAAUUUGGCCAAACUCAGAAUUGUCCUAUAUGCAUGUGUGAUACAUCAUUGGAAAGCUUCAAAUCUCAAUUUUCUGGGGGGAAGAAAAUUUUUGAACAAGAGGGCAUUAAAAAAAAAAAAAAAAAAUUAACAGAAAAUUCCUAACUGGAGGUGAGAGCACGAGAGAGCAUAAUUAAAGACGCCACGAUUUUAACGAGAUUCAUCGCGCAUUUACCUCUUUUUGAUCCAAAAACUCCAUGUAGCAUGUAUCACCGAGUGUGAAGACACAGCUGUGAAUGGCCACAGCCGGAUUUUUGGGGGAUUUUAUGGGUGAAACAUGGUCAUAUAACAAGGGUUGCAUGUGCCUCCCAUUUACAAGUUAUUUGGGGAAAAUUCCUGUUUAAUUAAUCUUUACAAGUGUAAAGUAAAACUCUUAUUUCUAAUGAGGCUUAAAUUUGAAUGAAUUAAGGUGAGCACAUUGGUAUACUCCUGUGCUAAUAGACCCUACCCACGUGACGUCACAACUCCGCUCUCUUGACUGGUGCCGCCCACUUGUCCGUCAACACAUCGUGUUGACCUGUUACGGCUACGUACAUUCCUCCAAUUUACGGCGUGUUUUUCUGCUCAUUAACAUUAAUAAUCUAAAUGGUGAAGGCGUGUGUGGCGGUCGGUUGCAAUAACAGAGAAGA